UGGAGUCGGCUCUGAGGGCUCUACUGCUGCUGCUCAACCUCAUGUUUAUGAACCAUGGAGUUUCAGCUGCAAAUACACAGAACUUCUGCUCCAACUCGACGGUCCUGCGCACUCGGACGGCCUGUCACUCCUGUAGCAUCAGCAUGUUGAUUCCUUGUCCUCAAGGAUACAAAAUAACACCUGGAACCAUUUCAAAAGAUUGCAAGUAUAACAUUAGAACAAGCUCCUUGAAAUUAGCCAUCAGUGGCUGUUCCUUUGAGUGUUACAGAGCGGCGGAGACAAAGUUGUGCUGUCCGGGCUUCUGGGGUCCAGACUGCAUGGAGUGUCCAGAAGAAGCCAGCCGACCCUGCAGCAACAAUGGCAUCUGCUCUGAUGGACUCGGCGGAAAUGGCACCUGCAUCUGCAAAGAGGGCUAUGCAGGGACAGCAUGUGAGGACUGUGCGACCGGUCGUUACGGUCCUACUUGCAGUUCAGUGUGCUCUUGUGUCCAUGGUCUGUGUGACACUGGUAUGAGAGGAUCUGGAAACUGUCUAUGUUUCUCUGGAUACAAAGGACCAAAUUGUGACCAAGAGCUGCCAGAAUGUUCGGCCCUGAAUUGUGGGCAGAGCGCUCGUUGCAUAGAAGAGGCUGGGACGGGGCAGCUGGUGUGUCAGUGUCUACCUGGAUACCGACGGGACAGUGCUAACUCGGAAUGCAUUUCCAUCAAUCCUUGUGACUUGAAGCCUUGUCAUGCCCAUGCCACCUGCCUCCACACUGGCCCAAACCUGCACCUAUGCUCCUGUAUCCAGGGCUACAGUGGAGAUGGGCGUGUCUGUAUGGCAGUUAACCCAUGCCAAAGCAACCAGGGAGGCUGUGUCACAAACUCCACUCAGUGUGUUUAUGACGGACCCGGCAAGUUUCACUGUGAGUGUCUUCCGGGCUUUGAAAACCUGGUUGAGGGCCGCUGCAGCGUCAAAGAUCAUUGCCGACCAGAUUCAUGUGACAAAAAUGCCAUGUGCUCCACUGCUGGACCUGGAAGGGUUGAAUGCACUUGCCUCCCGGGGUACAUUGGUAGUGGUAAAGUUUGCUAUGGAAAUAUUGUCCAGCGCCUGAAAGAGCUAAACACUGCACCUGGUGGAAAGUGGCUUGGACAGCUGAGCAAUGCACUGACUCUUUUUGACUCUCUAUUGUGGCCUUUGGAGAACCUGGGUCCUUUCACUAUUUUUUUGCCCGUCAAUAAAGGUUUCAAAGGAGACUUGGUAAAAUCUCUCACACGAGACAUCACCAAAUCUAAAAACUUAUGCAAGAUGCACCUGGUUGCUGGAAUGAUGCCACUGGACACUUUGAAGAGGCAUGACAUCUUCUACACUCUGACAGGAAAGUCUGCUGAAACAGACACCUCUGAUGGGAUAAAAAUUCGUAUUCAUGGCAGCAGAAAGAAAGCUUCCAUUUUAGAGUCAGAUAUUGUGGCUUCAAAUGGCAUGAUUCAUCUCAUUAACAAAGUCAUGGACAGUGUCUCACCUACUGUUGAGAGUGAUCCACAGGAAAAUCUGAUGAAGAUUAUUUCAGACUACAACAAGUUUUCCAAAUUCCAAGCUUUAUUAGAAUCUGUUGACCUGUGGUCUCUGAUGGACACAGCUGGUCCACUCACUGUCUUUGCUCCUGUCAGCUCUGCAUUUGAUAACAUGAGAAGUGGCCAGUUUGAGUACUUGACCAGCACAGAGGGUCGGACAAAAUUGAUUGAAUUCCUGCGAAACCACAUUGUUCAGUCCACUUCUCUCGAGAUUUACAAUGUUGUGUCGAGUCCCAGGAUCACAACAAUGGCCAAUCAAAUUCUAACAAUUAAUGUCACUGAAACUGGUCAGAUUUUGAUAAAGGGAGCUGCUGUUUUGGAAGCAGCGGUAGAAGCGAAGAACGGGCGGUUGUAUGUGGUGGAUGAAGUCUUAACUCCUCUCUCUAUUGAACCAAUACUUCCACACAGAUGUGACACGACUGUGACCAAAGUUAUCAAGGCUAACUGCACUAGUUGCUCGAAAAUAAAAAACACUGUUUGUCCAUCUGGAAAUUUUACUGGAGCCACAUUUGGAUGUGUUUACAAUUUGAAUAUAGGCCUGCCUCCGGUCAGUUUUGCAGUCACUGGUUGUAUGCCAAUAUGCAACCUCACCACCACGACUGCAGCCUGCUGCUCUGGGUUUUAUGGCCGUGAAUGCAGCCCCUGUCCUGGAGGAUAUAACUCUCCCUGCUCUGGACAUGGACAGUGUUUUGAUGGUCUAUCUGGAAAUGGUACAUGUGUAUGUGACCCAAACUUCAGAGGUUCUCGCUGUCAAUACUGCUUCUCCUUUGAUAAACAUGGUCCAAACUGUGAUAAAACCUGUCCUUGUAUUCAUGGACAGUGUGACAACCGCCCAGAGUCUGAUGGCCGCUGUAAGCCAAACUCUUGUGCAAAGGGCUUCACAGGGCUGUUCUGUGAGCGGCAGACUGCUCCCUGCGGCAUUAAUGCACAGUUCUGUCACGCCCACGCUGACUGUGACUUCAGCCAGGGGAAUGUCAGGUGUGUGUGUAAACCUGGAUAUGAUGGUGACGGCAUCACCUGUGUAGAGUCAGACCCCUGUGCUCCACCUUUGCGAGGAGGUUGCAGUGUCAAUGCUAAAUGCAUAAAAACAGGUGUGGGAACUCGCACCUGUCAGUGUCUCAGUGGGUGGAGAGAAGACGGCGAUGACUGUCAGCCAAUCAACAACUGUGAUUCUCCUGAGCGAGGAGGCUGCCACCCCAACGCCUCCUGCAUCUAUGUUGGCCCUGGACAGAGUGACUGUACAUGUAAAUCUGGAUACAAAGGGAAUGGACUUGACUGUGAGGCUGUUAACCCAUGUGUGACGACCACUGGGGGCUGUCACUACCUUGCCAGCUGUCAUCUUAUAUCCUCUGAGUGGAAGUGUGUGUGUGACGAACACUUCACUGGAGAUGGACGCAUCUGUUAUGGGUCACUGGAGCAUGAACUUUCCAUCCUUCCAGGGGCAUCGGGAUUCUAUACAUGGAUCACUGUAUCUGGCGUGUCUGUGUCUGAGUCUGACAAUAAUAUCACACUUCUCGUCCCGUCUGCAAAUGCUGUUGAUAAUUUGUCAUUAGAGGAUAGAAACUUUUGGAUGACAAAGGGAAACCUGCCAAGCCUUAUCAGAAAUCAUAUGAUACCGGGGAACUUUCCGUUACACGCGUUCAACAAUAUGUCAUCUGUCACUUCACAACUAAAGACUACUCUAAGUGUCUCAACGUCCAAUGAGAUGACAAUUGUGGGUGGAGCUGCAAUAACUGUGCCUAACUUAGCUGCCACCAAUGGUUUGAUUCAUAUUAUUGAUAAGGUUUUGUUUCCAGACAGAAAGCUGAGUGAAGGCCUGUUGGCAACACUUGCUCUAAGGCCAGACUUGUCAUUAUUCAGAUCAUAUCUUAUUGAGUAUAACCUCACAGAACAAAUUGAACAAGGCAAUGAAUUCACUAUAUUUGCUCCAACAGACACAGCUAUCAAUGCUUAUCUCAAGAGCAUGGCUGCAACUUCCUUGGAUAUAAACACAACUCGGUACCAUGUGGUGCCAACUCAAUAUCUUUUGAAGACGGAUCUACAAAUGGGUGGCUAUAAACCAACCAUGCUGGGUCACCCCUUCCAACUCGGCAUUUUCCCACGCGACGGAAAGCUGUUCAUUAAUGACGCUUCUGUAAAUUCUUCAAACAUCUUAAGUGGAAGAGGAGUAAUCCACACAUUGAUGUCUGUUCUGCAAAUCAACAGAAAUCGCUGUGACAAGACGGACUUUUUCCGGAAAAUGGGAAAUUGUGAUGACUGUUUUUUUCCAAGAAAACUCUGUCCAGAUGGCUUCUUUCCAGAUAAAUCUCAAAAAAAGAAGAACUGUUUAUUAAGUCGGCUACAUGAAGAGAAACUUCUGCGGAUGAUUGGCUGCAAAGCGCUGUGCCUCAAGCCUACAACGGAACCGCAGUGCUGCCCUGGGUUCUUUGGGCAGAACUGUGAGGCCUGUCCUGGUCCGAAGGGUCAGCCCUGUUUUGGUAACGGGCAAUGCUCUGAUGGAAUAAAUGGGACGGGAGUGUGUGUUUGUGCCAAGCAUUUCGAUGGCACGGCCUGUGAAGUCUGUGAGAGAGGAAAAUAUGGCAUCCACUGUGACCAAGAAUGUCUAUGUAAAAAUGGACAAUGUAAUGAGGGCAUAAAGGGAGACGGGACAUGUGCCUGUGACGUUGGUUGGAGGGGGCUCUUUUGUGAUGAAAAAAUUGAAUUUAAAAGUGAGGAGUUAUGCGGCUCUGCUAAGUGUCACAGUAGUGCAAAUUGUGUGAUCAGACCAUCUGGACCUCAGUGUCUGUGUGCUGCAGGCUUUGAGGGAAAUGGGACUUCGUGUCAAGCUAAAGAUGCCUGUGCUGUUGAUAAUGGAGACUGCAGUCCUUAUGCAAUGUGCAAGAGGACUCGCCCUGGACAAAGGCAGUGUGUCUGUCAAACUGGCUACUCCGGAGAUGGAUUUGUGUGUGUUGAGAUAAAUCCCUGUCUGGAAGCCAAUGGAGGCUGUAACGUUAAUGCAGAGUGCAUUCACGUUGGACCAAACAAAACGUCAUGUGUUUGUCGCGAGGGUUAUCAAGGCAAUGGACAAAACUGUAAGAUGACUGACUUGUGUCUAAAGAGAAAUGGAGUAAAAGGAAGUUGUCACAGGUAUGCAAGGUGCAAUACAACUGCACCUAAUGUCCGCACAUGUACGUGUCUUAUUAACUAUGUUGGAGAUGGUCAGACCUGCCGAGGAACUGUAGGACAAGAAAUCCUGUCUCAUAAGCACACAGACUUUUACUUCAGCCUGGGGAUAGUUGAGAUCUCUCUUAAAGGUCGAGGCCCCUUCACUGUGUUCGUACCAAACAAAGAAGCUCUUCGCAAAACCACGAAGAUUAAAACUAUGAUAUCAGUCAAGAAUAAAGAAAAGAUUGGGACAUUUUUGCGCAGCCACAUUGUCAUGUGUCACACACUUCUGCCUUCUUACUUCCACCAACCACGAAACCUCACUACACUGUCUGGCCACGUCCUAAAGACACGAUCAUCACAAGGAAAUAUCUUCAUAAAUGAAGCCAACCUGACCUAUAGUGAUGGCAUCAGUGUGAAUGGUAUCUUCCAUGAGGUUGACAAUAUUUUAUUUUCACCAAAUGAUGACCAAUUGAAAGAGCUGAGUGAGAAUCUAAAUCUCACUGAUGUUGCUGAGCGAAAUGGUUACCAAACCUUUGCCAAACUACUAGUGGACACAGGGGUGAUAGCAUUGCUGCUUGAAGAGUUAAACCAGCCUCUUACCAUCUUCAUGCCAUCUGAUGCAGCAAUGGCCUCUCUGCCCCAAGAGCAAAAGGACUUCCUGUAUCACCCACAGAACCGUGCCCAGCUGCAGGAAUAUCUAAAGUACCACAUUUUACACAACCAAAAGAUUUAUGCUGAAGGCUUGGUUCAUCUGGAUGUUCCUCGAACGCUCCAGGGUUCAUCACUCUCUUUUAGCUGUGGAGGUUCAGAUGCUAUUGGAGAGGUGUUUGUGAAUCAAAAGUGUCGGAUCCUUCAAAGACAUCUCAUGUUUAAUGCCGGUGUGGCCUAUGGGAUUGACUGUCUACUGACUCCACCGAGCCUUGGGGGGCGCUGUGACAAGCAGGACACAUUUGACCACACAACAAACUGUGGCCUAUGCUCAUCAUGGUCUACUCGUUGUCCAAAAGGUUCAAUAGUUAAGGAGACACAAAAAUGUGACCUUCCAACACAUUUUGUCACAAAGAAUUCUGGCUGUCGCUCUGUCUGCACCAUUAUUUACUGGAUGCCAAAGUGUUGCACUGGUUACUUCGGACGAGACUGUCUAGCUUGUCCAGGUGGUGUAGGUUCCAUUUGCAGUAAUCGCGGUAAAUGUGAUGAUGGGCACCUGGGUAAUGGCACCUGCACAUGUGGCCCAGGUUUUGAUGGUGUUGCAUGUGAGCUGUGCCGCAAAGGUUUCUAUGGACCCACCUGCAAAGUGUGUAACUGUACUGAACAUGGAACCUGUGAUGAUGGCCUUAAGGGAACGGGCUUAUGUUUCUGUGAGGAGGGCUGGACUGGAGAACGCUGUGAGACACAACUUGCUGAGGUGUAUACCUGUUCUCCACCAUGUUCUCCCAAAGCCGUCUGUCAACAGAACAACUCAUGCGUUUGCCGGCUGUUUCAUGAAGGAGAUGGAUAUACAUGUACAAUUGUGGACAUGUGUCAGAUCUGGAAUGGAGGUUGUGAUCAAACAGCAAAGUGCUCUCAGAAAGGAGGCAAAGUGAGCUGCACCUGUCCAAAAGGAUAUUCAGGUGAUGGUUACUUCUGCCAGCCUAUUGACCCCUGUGCUGCAGAGGACAAUGGUAAAUGCCAUGAACAUGCCAUCUGCACCAUGACUGCACCGGGAAAGAUGAGAUGCAAUUGUAAAAACAACUAUAUUGGAGAUGGAAAAACAUGUGAGGUUAAGCAGCUGCCCAUCAGUCGAUGUCUACAAAAUAAUGGACAGUGUCACCAGAAUGCCAAAUGCACUGAUCUUCACUUUGAAGAUACAAUGCUUGGUGUUUUUCACCUCCGCUCAGCUAAAGGUCAGUACAAAUUAAACUACACACAAGCCCAACAGGCCUGUGGUGCAGAAGGGGCACGUCUGGCAACCUACAAUCAGUUGUCAUAUGCUCAGCAGGGUGGGCUGAACAUGUGUGCUGCUGGCUGGCUAGAUCAGGCCAGAGUGGCUUACCCUACCACCUACUCUAGCCCCAACUGUGGCUUUGGACAUGUGGGCAUUGUGGACUACGGAGUACGCAAAGAUCUGGGUGAAACCUGGGACACCUUCUGCUACAGAAUUAAGGAGGUAAAAUGCGAGUGUGAAGUGGGUUACAUUGGAGAUGGGUUCAGCUGCAUAGGAACACUGCUCCAGGUUCUCAGAUCUACUCCGCAAUUCUCCAAUUUUCUCUCACAAAUCCUCAAUUACUCGCAGGUUUCCUCUUUGGGCAAAAAGUUUGUCAUGCGCCUCAAUAACUAUACAAUGCAGUCCACUCUGUUUGUGCCAGAUAACAGUGGGCUGGCCGAUAACCAGACUCUAACCCAACAAGAUAUUGAGUUCCACCUUUUGGAGGGGAGUGUCGUGUCUUUGAACCAGUUGUCAAAUGGCACUCGGAUCAGAAACCGAUUAGGGAGCCUCACUGUUCUAGGUAUCAGAGAUCUGCAGAACCCGUCCUCUCUGUCAUCACGGUACAUCAAUGACCGUUUCGUCAUCAGUGCUGACAUUUUAGCUUCAAACGGGAUCAUUCAUGUCCUUCAAGGACCCCUGAAGGCCCCACCUCCUCAACCAGAGAUGCGUGUAGCUCACAAGGCAGGACUGGGGGUUGGUGUGGUGCUGCUGAUCACUCUUGUGGCAGGAGUUGCUUUUGUUGGUAUACACUUUUACAAACAAAAUGCCAAACCAUUCAGAUUUCACUAUUUUAAGGAGGAAGAUACCGAGGAGGAUACUUCAGCAGAUGUAAGCUGUCGCAACAUCACUAACCCCGUUUACGAUUCUGAUCCACAACUGGAGUCAACACCACCAAACACAUCAGACCACCAAGUUGUUGACCAAAAUGGGGAAACCAAUGGAGCCUCAUUUGACCUUCUUCAGGACAGUUGAGACAUUGCUGUUACUUAGGAAAGUUUCUAUCACAUCCCUGUUACCUCAGCUGAUUCAGAAUUACAACUGAACUAACAAGUCAAUUGAAAUGACUCCAUUCAAGACUAGUCAGUUUUACUUUUUGAAUCUGCCUUAUGUUUUGUGAGUGGUUUAUCUUAAUGUACUAGAACGUUUUUAAUGUACAUAAAACAAAUGGAUGGACAAGUU